GCGUAGCCGGAUGUAUGAGUAAGUAAAUGUAAAUCAUUAAUUCUCUACUGAGAGCGGACGUUCAGUAAUGGGACCCAAGUGAGAGAGCAGCGGCUAGCAAUCACUCUCCAGGCAGCAAGUUGGUUAUGACAGAUGUGGAGGAUGAGUUCUUGCUCAGAGAUCUGUGGGUCGGAGCAUGCUGAGCAGGUGCACAGUACUGCUGAGAGCAACUAUCGGCGCUAUGGGGUUCGAUCGUACUUGCAUCAGUUCUACGAGAACUGCACCGCUUCAAUCUGGGAAUAUGACGAAGAUUUUCAGAUUCAGAGAUCACCAAGCAGGUGGAGCUCUGUUCUCUGGAAGGUCGGACUCAUAACUGGUUCUGUCAUUCUGCUAGUUGGCUUGAUAGUAAUUGCAGUUGGCUACACUGUCCCACCAAAAAUUGAAGCAUUCGGGGAAGAUGCAUUGCUUUUUGUGGAUGUCCAUGCAGUGCAAUUUAACAAAGCUCUCAACAUCUGCAAGCUAGCGGGCGCCAUUUUGUUUUGCAUCGGAGGAACAAUGAUGGCAGCAUGUCUGCUGAUAUUUGCUUUUGCCAAGAGUUAUUCGAAAGAGGAGCAAUACCUGCAGCAGAAAUUCAAAGAGAGAAUAGUGGAAUUGCAAGCUUCUGCCCAUCCAAUUACAAAGGCUCUGACUCCUGGAGAGUGUAAAAUACCAGUCACUCUGUCAAAAGUGCAAAAUGUUCAACCCUCUUCUGAAACCUGACAUUAAAUGUUCACAUUCCCCUUGAAUUUGUUCACUAAACGUCAGCUCCCUUGAUGAAGCAGAAAAUAACACACACUUGCAUAAAAAAGCAUAAUCUAAAAAAACUAUAGUCAAAUAAAUAAAUGUAGAAUUCUAGUACGGGCCGUUUGUGUGUCUUUUUACCCCACUUAGACCCUUAGUCACUCCUUGUUUCAUAGUGUUGUACCUAAAAUGUUAUCUAUUGAUUGGACUGAGGGUGCUGUAUUUGAUGCAUGUGUUUUUCCCCACACAGAAUUUUGCUUUCCUUGAAGAGAGGUCUUGGUAGACAUCACUGUAUAAACUCGUUUUUUGGUGGAUAAAAUAAAAAACACAUAUCCCACCUAGUUGUUCUGAAUGGAAAGUCAAUAAUAUUUGAAAUACCACUGCACUUAGUUGGACAGACAAGCUUACUAUAAUUAUUGCCACAAAUCUGACGAGGAUAAUUACUGAUGCCAGUGUAUGUGAAAGCAAGUAGCCUGAGUUGGGUAAACCAAAGACCAAAUGCCUCAACCCAGUCAUUCUGCAUUUAUUAUUCUUUCCUACUACUUAUCGUUGAGUAUCAUGUAUGUAUUCAUAUUUUUUAUUUGAUUACAAAGUGUUUCCCUUUGAACCCUACCUAAAUAGUGCUGCAGACAAAGCAUGAAAAAUUGUGGAAAAUUAACUAUAGCUCUUUAAUAAUUGAGGUCAUUUAUUAAAUCCAAUGAUGUUCAUUUUUCUUAAAUUUAAAACAUAAAAAAAACAAUAGUCUGAAAUGACAAAAACGCUGCACUGCCAGAAAUUGCGGAAGAAGCCUAAUAUUGAGGAAUCUGCAAUUUCUGCAAUAUCGCGAAUUAAGUAGGGCCCUAGUUAUACCUUAAUUUGUGUAAAAAAUGAAGUGCUCAUUGAGAAUUAUGGUGUGAAUGGGAGCAAUGACCAUUUUGUCUGAUAACAGUGAAUGUCUGCUACAAUAAAGAAACAAGGUAUUUAAAUUUGAAUAUAGGUAUUUAUUUUAAUGUGACAGAAUUCGCAUUCUUGACAAAAUAUACUUUGACAUGUUUGUGUAAAAGCCAAACUCACUGGUGAAAAUGUUUAUGUUUCUAUAUGUAUAAGCAACCAUUAAAAAAAUGAAUAAACCCUGUUUAUGAGUAAACCAGUUAAUUCUGCUGUCUUUUAAAGUGGCAUUGAGGGCUGUGAGGUUUUACUAUACAAAACCUUUCUCUGAUGAGAACUAUUUCUGCCUGUCAGCAUUCUACUAUCAAGAAAAUGAAACAAGCCGAAUGCAAGGGGUAUACAGUUUGUUUACACACACAUUUAGGGUAUGCAAGGUUUCAGUUGUUGAUAGAUUGCACAGUACUUACCAUCAAAGCAACUUUCCAACUCUGAUCUUUUCAUACUUUUUUUUACUGGUUUAUGUUAAAAUAUACAACGUCAAGCAACUUUAAAACCACCCUUUGUCAUUUGUAUGGCGCUGUAAACCAAAAUUCUCUCUGUGAUAUCUUCUGGUUGGCUAAGUGGAAUUAAGCUCAUUAAUUACUUAACUGUUAUAACAUAUGCUUAUGAUAAUUGUUUAAAUGACACCUACGGGUUUCCUGGAUGACAUGCAGUUCAUGCUGAAGCAGCAGGCAGCAUUAAAACAAUAUACAGAUAAUACUGUUGUUGAAAAUGUAACUGACAGUGGGUUAUAAUCCCAGUGAUUAUUGUUCACAGCUGAUAACUUUUCUCAUCAAAGGCACGAUAGUUUUCUACAUUCCAAAUAUUUGAUAGAUUUCGGAUAUUUCUUCAAUCAGUUUUCUUGUCUGUAUAAUUUGCAAUGAAUCAUUUAUUUUAUGAGGUUUGUGGAAAUAAUGUUUUUCUAUAGAACAUUGCUGGAGGAUCAACUAUAGUGAGGUCUGUAAUGGAUCACCUUAUUUCAGACCGCUAAUAAAAAAUGAAAGGAAACAGUAUAAUGGUAUAAGGGGUGUUCAGAUAAGAAAACAAUCAAUCUAAAAAUAGUUAUACUGCAAUUGAUAGAGAGGAUUUUAUCAAAGUUCUAAUUUAAUUUGAUAUCUGUCUUGGUGGCAAGCAGGGAUUGCAAUCCCAUUUUAGGCUUCUAAAGGCUUUCCAAAAAAAAAAGAUUGUUUGUGGGCUAAAUGAUUUUUACUGAGAUCUUUAAUGAGCUUCUUUCCCUGUUAAUUAUAGAGUAACCAUAAGGAGAAAACAUUAUUUUCUAAAAAGAAAAUGGCAUUUCUAAAAUCUAUUUAACAUACAUGUGUAACUGUAUUCAUUUUCUUGAAUUGUGGACAAUGCUGGUAGAAGUAAUUAUAUUUUCUGCUGUGUAAACCUGUUGGUUGACCUUCAAUUAUAUUUUUAUAGUAGUUAGAGACUUUUCCAUGUGUGGGAUGUGCUAAUUGAAUAUGCCCUUUUCUUAGAGGUGUAUAAAUGUAAUCUUUUCUUUAAAUAUAUUCAAUGAUGGUUGUGCAGUCGUAUUUUUCUAAGUAAUGUGAAAGAAACUAAGUUCAUGAAGCCAAGAUUUAUUCCUCUCUUAACUGAGAUUAAACCUUAAAUGUAUUAAAAUUUAGAUUCUUAGAUAAUCAGAUUAUUUUAAUUCACAGUUGUGACUCAAGAUAGUUUUGUCUAUU